AGACCCAAAAUGGGCGGGGCGAAGGAAGGAUCUGGAGAAUUUGGGUCCUACAGCCUUCAAACCCGAUUCAUGUCUUUACUCCAAACCUCUCAACACGACACAAGGGCGGAACAAGGGUGGAAGUGCGAGUAUUCGGACCAGGGCUACCCUUAGAUGGCAGUAAUACACCUUUUUGGAUGUAAUCUGCAAUUAAACUCCCCAGAAGAAGAUUCCAGUCGGAGUCAUAGUUUAUGGCAGACGUGGCAAACGAUCGACGUCUUUCAACUGGCCGGUCACACGUUUGUUGAGCACUUCCGAAACAGCAAACUGAACCUGGACUCUUUGCUAUAAAACUUAGCUUUGUUGCAAAGAAGAUGAUGGAAGAGAGUGGGAUUGAGACAACGCCUCCUGUGAGCCCAACACCUUUAUCACUUGCUGCCUCAGCCAGCAUUCCACCACUCACUAGUGGUCUGUCAAGUCAGCGUUCUUUCUCUGAAACCAGCUCGAUCACAAAUUGUUCAACUUCCAUUUCAAACUCUCCAUCCAUUGAUUCCCUUCCUCACUUCAGUAGCUCUUUGAACAUGCCAUGUUCCAUUCUCUCCGAGUUGCCCCCCUCGUCAACUCUUGUCUUACCUUUCCCUACCAGUUCUACCUUCCCUCCUGUGGAUUCCUCUCCUUUUCCUCCUCUACCUUCUGAGAGUGUUAGUCCACUCUCAGCAGCUGGUAUGGCUGCCUCUCCUGUAUACCCACCCAUGACAGGCUUUUCUACAAGUGCUGGAUACGACAUCACACGGGGUCAUGCUGGACGAACACCACAGAUGCCCUUGAUGCCUACAAUAUCCAAUGCUUCUCCACUGCCAGGUGUUGUUUCUAACGCCAUAAAUAAGCAUUCAGCCAUGACAGGAGGACUAAAUACUGGAUCUCCAAUUACUUUCCCAGAGGAGGAUGAGGAUCCUAGAGUGUCUGGAGACACCACUUCCCCAAAAGGGAUCUGGGGUUUUUUAAAGGGAGUAGCAGGUAAUCCUGUGGUGAAGAACGUCCUUAAUAAAACAAAACACUCAGUAGAGUCCAUGAUCACUACUCUGGACCCUGGCAUGGCACCAUACAUCAAGUCAGGUGGAGACAUUGACAUUGUAGUGGCUUCUGAUAAGGAUAUGGGCGUGCAAGCUGUCAGAGAGGCCUUCCAGGAGGUUUUUGGGAUGGCAACAGUAACUGGAGAGCCAAGUCAGUCCAACAUUGCACCUCAACCAGUGGGCUAUGCAGCUGGAGCAAAGGGGGCUCAAGAACGUAUUGAUGGCUUGCGUCGAGCUGGUGUGAUUCAUGAGAAGCAGCCCGUAGUUGCUUUGGAAAACUUCAUAGCUGAACUUUUUCCAGAGAAGUGGUUUGACAUUGGUUGUUUAAUCUUGGAAGACCCUGGUCAUGGCAUCUGCGUGGAGGUCUUCACACAGGCAACUCCUCUGACACUGGAUCACAUUCAGCAGGCUCAUUCUCUUACACCGCCUGACUACAGCCUGCGUUGGUCCGGCCUGGUUGUUACGGUGGGAGAGAUCUUGGAGCGCAGUCUGCCAAACAUCAGCAGAACAGAUUGGCACAAGUCUGUAACAGGAUUAAGCCAACAUCAUAUAAUCCAAUGCGCAGCCAAAGUUCUUGCUGGACUUUACAAACAGCAGCUGCUUCCCUGGACUGAGUGAGGCUGACUGGUAACAGAUUCCGUAGAGACACAGAAAUGGCCAUGAAAGCUACUGUUCUUUUGGAUUAGAUGCAUCUCCACUGAGAUUUUCUAAGUGUGUUUUUAAAUGCUGCAAGAUUUCAACAAAGUCUUGUUUUUCUGUAUUGUGUUAUGAAAAGGUUCCUAUAUUCUUGCAUUCUAUUCAUUUCUUUACUCAUUAAUGCAUGUCAAUGGCUGACUUUCCUGUGGCAGUACAGAAAGUAUUGCAGAGUGUAUUUUCAAGGCACAGGCCCAGUAUCCUUACAAAACGAUCAUUUUCAAAUGUAAAUACUAAGCUGAAUUUCUCCUAAAGUGGUUUUCAUAAAUUUGUUGAAUGUUUUUCUGCAAUGUAGAUUUUUUUUUUUCCCUCUGAAAAGUUUUUGCAGCGCUGGUAUUUUUGACAGUAGACUUGAUAGGAAGGAGGGCGGGGAGAGGGGGGAAGUCAUGCGGCUAAGGUCACCGGGAGUCGAACUCGCGACGUCCGCGUCGAGGACUGAGGCCUCCAAACGUGGGGCGUGCUGACCCCUGCGCCACCACUGCACGGCUCUGCAAUGUAGAUUUAACAGAUGGGGGUAAAUGCACAGUCUUAUCAAAUUAUUCUCUAACCUUUGCAACAUUGUUCAUGAGCAUGCUGAAAUUCAUACUUUGUAAUAUGCUGUGAAGUGGUAAACGUAUGUGCACAAAAAUACAUGCAAGAAGUUAAAAUUUGAAAGUUGAUUCUGAGGCUAGAAUCAGUAUAAGGCCAGGAAUUAUCUACUUUGUCAAACUUUGAUUUUUUUUUCUUUUUCUGUCAUAAUACAAAGUCCAGGCUGAUGACCAUGGCCCUUCCUAAGUCACAAGAUAGGACAUUCAAAAUUCUUGGUGCCAAAGACAUCACUUGCAUUCCUUAAUUUUUCAAUUUAUCUUUUUCCUGAAGUAUGUUUAUUUAAAAAGACAAACCAAAAACUGUUUUUAAAUCCCUCAUCUUAAUGUGCACAUUUGAAUUGUUGAAAGCAAAGUAUAUUUUAAAAAUUUGACUCAUGUAUGCAUUGUAUUAAUGUACAUUUUUACAUUUUACUUUCCAGCAUUAAAAAUGAAUGGUUGAGGAUUGUGAACAAAUAAUUAACCAUGAGGAAAAGAUUUGUUGUUUUGUUUGGUUCUCAAGAAGAACCUAAUACUUAAUUUGCUCAUUUUGGCUAAGUUCAAGUAACCCAAAUCCAAUUUUUUUUGUGAAAUCAGAUUUGUUAUCUUGUAGAUCCUAGGGUAUGAUACUAACAGUUACUUAAAGAGUUGCUUUUGAAUUUUCCCUCUGGAAACACCUGAGGGGGAAUUGAUCAGAAUCAGAGGGAAAGAACACAGAAAGACCAAAUAAUAGAGUAGAAAGCAAGAUGAGAGGAAGAUCUGGCAGCAACUUUUGCAAGACAAGAAUACGGAAAAUAAAUCUUCCCUGUGUCAACUUUUUUUUUCUUUUUUUCCCUUUUCCCCCUCUUAUAAGAAAUUUCAUUGUUGUGGGUUAGAAUGUUUGUUUUAUUGGCACAAUAAGAGCAACUAUGUGUGGGGAGAUUUCCUCAAUGUGUCUGUCCGGAAUAAAUGUAGAUUAAAUGUACCUGUUUGCAAACGGUGCAAGGAAAACAUUAGUGAUAGGUCGGCUUCAGCUUCUAGAGCCGGUCUUGUGCAAAAUUCUUUUCCCUGGUGAAAAUCCUCUCAUCAUCAACAAUAAAUCAUGUGAUUUUGGUAGCAUUUGCUUCUUGUUUGCCAGAGUUAUGAGGGGGGAACCAAAUAUUUUAGAUUACUAAAAUAAUUCGUUCCCCCUACAUAACCUAGGAAGAGAACAUUUUUCUGGUAAAUUAAUUUGUUCCCAUGUUUUGGAGGGUACACAAAUUAUUUCAGGUGGCUAAAAUGUAUGGUUGCCCCUUAUAACUGGCAAAUAACGAAGAAAUGUUUUUAAACAAAUAUUCUGUUUCCUCCUUAUAAUUUUGGCAACUAAGGAGCAAAUGCCACCAAAUUUACAUGAUUUGCUGUUGAGGAAAAGAGAAAUAAACACAGUUAAGGAUUUGCAGGUAAUUUAGCUUGUUCCCAUUUUAUGGAGGGGGAACAGAUUAUUUCAGGCUGCUGAAUUAUCCACUCUUUCCUCUCUUUACCCCAUAACUUUGGGGAAUAAAGAGCAACUGUUUCAAAUUCUCAAAAUUCUUUACAUACACACUACAUGUUGGGAAAACUGUUUGGUGCCUGACUUUUAUUUCUGUUUAGCUUAGGUGAGAAAAUUUGGAAAAAGAGCGAAUCUCUUUGCAUUUAAAAUAACACAAAACAGCGUCAAACGAUCUUGUUUAUUUAUUUAUUUUACAGUUUUUAAACAACAGCUGCCAAUUAAACUGAAUGUUAUCUCCUUUUUCCUGGAGACAAAGUCCUCCAGGAAAAAGGAGGAUUUUGUCUGGGGAGAAGCACAGCAAAGAGAUUUUGAAAUGACUAAAAAAGCCAUUCAACAGGCUGUCAUUGGAAAAAUGAUGUCAGGACCUGUAGAAUUACAGGUCUCAGCAAUUAAUGAUUAUGCCAAUUGGAGUCUAUGGCAGAAACAGGGGCGAGUGAGAAAACCAUUGGGAUUUUGGUCAAAAAAGCCCCCAGCAGCAGGGAUAAAAUAUACACCUUUUGAAAAACAGCUGUUAGCCUGUUAUUGGCUGUUGCUGGAAACUGAGGCUCAAACUGUGGGACAUGAAGUCCUGCUACGAACACACAUUCCUAUUCUUACUUGGGUCAUGAGUGAACCAACUACUCAUAGAAUAAGAACAGCUCAGGAAGCAAACAUUAUCAAAUGGAAGUGGUAUGUUUCAGAAAGAGCUAAACCAGGGGAAAAAGGGAUCUCAGUUGCAUGAAUUUUUUGAGAUAUCUCAGUUGAUUGAGUCUCCAGUUAAAACAGGACAAAGAUAUGAUGAGUUGACACUGGAGGAACAGCAAGUGGGCGUGGUUCACAGAUGGAUCUGGUCGGUGGCAGGCAGGAAAAAGGAGAUGGAAGGCAGGUGCCUGGGUCAGACUUUGGAAGAGAUGGGAGAAGGAAAAAAAGAAUUUAAUGGGCUGAAUUAAAAGCUGUGCAUAUAGUCAUAAUGCAAGCAGGAGUGCAUAUCUUUUCUGAUUCAUGGUCUGUGGUGAAUGGAUUGACUACCUGGAUGCCAACCUGGAAAAACAAUGGUUGAAAAAUUCAAAACAAGGAGGUAUGGGGAAAAGAAAUAUGGGAAAAAGUUCAAUCCAUACCUGUGCCAGUUACUCACGUAGAUGCUCGCACUAAAAAUACUGAUGCUAAGGCACUACAUAACUGGUAUAUCGAUGGGGUUGUUAGAGCCAUACAAGUAGCACGGGAAUCUAGUGUGCGGCUUGCUAGAUGGGUUCAUCAGAAAUCAGGACAUUGGGGAAUACAAGGAACACAGCAGUGGGCUCGAGACAGAGGGAUAGAUUUGAAAGUUGAUGAUAUUAAAACAGCUAUUCAACAGUAUGAAGCAUGUCAACAUCAUAAGCGAGGAACACCACAGCAUUUGCAGGGACACAUCCACAGAGGAAAAGGUCCUGCACAAAUUUGGCAAAUGGAUUUUAUCGGACUACUGCCAUGGUCCCAGGGGUGUAGGUAUGUGUGUACUGCGGUGGACACAUACUCUGGGGUGUUAGUCACUCACCCAUGUAAAUUUGCCAAUCAAAAAUCCACAGUGAAAUGCUUAAAACAAAUUGAGGCAUUUUAUGGUGUUCCUCUCCAAAUUCAGAGCGAUAAUGGAACAAAUUUUACCGGGAAAAUAGUAAAAUAUUGGGCAACUGAAAAACAUGUUGGAUGGAUCUGUGGAUAUCCCUCACUAUCCACAGGCUGCAGGACUGAUUGAGCGGAUGAAUGGAAGAUUCAUUGAGAAAGCUGAGUGAGCAACAUGACUUGACUAAUUGGAAAGCAAAUUUGUCACAAGCGGUGGCCCAAUUGAAUAACAGGCCAAUUGCGGCAGGGGUAACACCACUAAAUCGAAUGAUCACUGGACACAACACACCUGAAAAUGAGUCCAUCAAAAUGUGGAAAAUCGACGAUAAGGCAGAACUUCCUAUCAGGGCAACCCCAGGUUCUGCAGGGUUAGACCAAAGAACAUUGGAAGGAGUGACGUUAAUACCAGAUCAGAUCCAAAUUGUGAAAACAGGUUUGGGACUGAAAUGCCCUCAGGGGAUGUAUGGACACAUCCUUUCUCUAUCGGGGUUGUCACUUAAAGGAUUAACUAUUCAGGCUGGUGUGAUUGAUAGUGAUUAUCAAGGGGAAUUGGUUGUGGUGUGUCGCCACCAAAGCGAAAGCCCUUUGGUACUCCAAAAAGAGACAAAAUUGCACAACUGGUUUUGAAAACAUGUAACAUGUCAGAUGUGCAAGAAAUUCCUCCACCCACUGAAGUGAGAGGAAAAGGAGGAUUUGGCUCCAAUGAUAAGCCAGGAGCCAAAGUCUGGGUGAGACAAGAGCAUGGUCCGCCUAAGGCUGCAGAAAUCAUUGCUCAGGGUAAUGAUGCAACUGUUUCAGUAAAAUACACUUGGGAGGAGAAAUGGGUGAAUGUGCCUGUAACAAAGUGUUAUCUGAGAGAAAACUAAUAAUUGUUCUCCUAUGUUUUAUAGCAGUGCUAAUUUUCAUUUCAGCUCCAUGUUCUUGUGUUGUUCGGGAGACAAAACCAUCAUGGAGGAGAACGUCUGCAGGAGUGGGACCCAGAGAAGGGGGUCUGUCGGCUCUGGGGACAUCAAGUGCCUUGCCCUUGCCGUCAUGAUGCUUCUGGUCCCAUCCUGCUUCGGCAAGAAGACCCCGGGAGAUUUAAUGGAACCGGUGAAGACGGUUCGGCACCAUUGGAGAAACGCAACGGCAGGACGAACACAGAAUAAUUCACAUGCAGGUCCAAUAAUAAGUGUUAAGUAACCAAUGUGACCAGUGAUUGUCCCUUAUAUAGAUGUAGGGAAUGCUACACAAAAUCAGCAUCCUAUAGCCACCAGGGUCUGCACAUUAAUGGUUACUUCUUAUGUAUCCAUGUGUCAGUAUGCAUCACAUCUGGACAGACGAUGUGUAGGGCAAAAUGGACCUAAUAUAUCUCUUUCCCUAACUAAUGACACCCUGGUACUAGGAAAUGCUACCAGCAACACAGGAAUACACGUGUUCGGACACAUAUUCUUUACCUUCCUUAACACUACUGUGAACACUCCGACACAGUUGGCCCCUGUAGCACAUACUUGCCAAAAAAUGGCAAGUAUGUGUGUAAUAUGCAAAUGCUGCAUGCACAUGCACAACGUGAACGUUUUCAAAGAGUAGUUACUACAGACAACUUUCAGGAAUGGAGAAGAUUUUGGAACAUCAGCAUCGAUCAUUGGUUACACCUAGAACCUGAGAAAACUAGAUGUAACAGUAUUAUGUGUGAAGGUCAUUGGACCCAGUACAAUGUGACCAAAUAAACUGUAGUGUGCCAAUAUUUUGUAUUACCUGUCAUUAAUACUACAGGAUAUUGGUUUCUGCAUAUGGAAGGUGAUUGGUUUGAGCCACAGACGAACCUCACUUAUGACUUGCAUAAAUGUAUUGAUGUGGACAAAGGUGUGGUAUGUAUGCUACAACAAGGACACGUUAAUUCAUGUGUAGACAGUGACGGGGUAUUAUGUGAUUGGACACAUGAACCAACUAGAGAUUUGCUAUGGCUGUGGGUUACGUACGGACACCCAAUUACGUGAUGCUAUAGCUCUGCCCAGACUGUCGGCUCUCCAGUUCGUGAACACUCUGAACUGGAGCAGAUUGAAAGAAUCUAAGCAUUACGUAUUGUUUGUUGUGUGAAUGAAUUUGCUGUAAUCUGUGGCGGAAUAAAAGGACACAUUUAUUCUA